CACUUACUACAGCCCCCUCAAACUUAUAAAACACCCAUCCGUUCUUGAAAGGAAUUUCAUGACCUAUAACACCUGGGUAUGCACCUGGGAAUUAUACUACAAUCCCGCAGAUGGCCAUACUCUUUUGUAUUGGGCAAGAGAGCAUGGCUCACGGACCCUUAAGUACCCGGACCGCUAUUGAGCAUACUCCACAACUUUGAAAAUUGCAGACAUACAUGCAGAUAAUUCUCACCGAGGCAUAAAGCGGGAACUUCUUCAUGGCAGAAGUGCUUCUUAAGUGUUGAAAUGUUGGCCGUAAACAAUUAUCAGUAUAUCCAUGAUACAGUAAAAGGCAGUCACAACGCAGCGGGUAGUAACGGUCAUGCAGAAAAUCUGGCACUAGAAAGCGACUUGGUUCGUGAAAGGCUGAAAGCGGGACACCACUCUGGCGACGAAACCGGCAAACUCCAAUACGACACCUAGAGAAAUACACGACCAACACCAAUAUUGGCGGUAUUUCAUGGCGUAAAAUUUUUGUAUCCCCCACACAACCCCCAUGAUAAUAAACAUAAGCAAGCUUCAUCGAAGGUUAGGUACAUAACCGUAGUAGGAAACAGCAGUGCUG